CCUAUAGCUCGCUUUUCCACCUCUUGCACGUGAUACUCUGCCACCCUCUGUCCUCUACUCUACCCUGCUUCUUUCACCAUUAACAUUUCCAUUUGUUUUAUCCUUUUCUUUUCACCAUCUCUUCUUCUUGUUUCAUAUCUCCAGCAAAAAUGCCUACAUUCAAACUCAAAUCUUACCCGUUUUAAUCUUGUUUACAAUGGUGAGUAUAUCAUUGUUUUUAGUUUUAGCUCUUUCAUCACGUUUAUCUUGUUACGUUGAGUGCUCGCAUCUUUCAACCGAUGCUCAAGCACUCCUCGAUUUUAAACGGGGAGCGGAUUCCCGUGGUGAGCUCUGGUUCAACACUAGUUACUCGCAUUGUAAGUGGCAAGGUGUUGAAUGUUUUAAGCACAGAGUUGUUCGCCUUGUCAUUGAAACCCAGAAUCUUGGAGGCAUUUUCACCCCUGACUCGUUAACUCGGUUAGAUCAACUCCGAGUUUUGAGUCUAAGGAAUAACUCGCUUGGUGGGCCCAUUCCAAACCUUUCUACUCUCGUCAACCUCAAAGCCUUGUUUCUUCAUCACAACCGCUUCACUGGCUCUUUCCCGCCGUCUAUUCUUACUUUACAUCGUAUUAGAACCGUUGAUUUGUCUUACAAUAAUCUGACCGGGGAGUUGCCCGCCUGGUUGACUCGGCUAGACAGGCUAUACUAUCUCCGACUCGAGUUUAACCGUUUCGAGGGACCGAUUCCGCCGCUUAAUCAGUCUACAUUGUUAUUGUUUAAUGUUUCAAGCAAUCAUCUUAAAGGUCCGAUUCCGGUAACACCAGUUUUAUCCCAUUUCAGUCAGUCUUGCUAUUCUCAUAAUCCAGGUUUAUGUGGGGAAAUUCUGCACAAACAAUGCAGUAAGACACACUUUUUCGGCCCCGCCGCGGAAGCCCCAACGUCAUCUGCACCAGCGGGAGGGCUCGGGCAGCAGAGCGCCCAGCUACGCGGCGUUGAUUUAGGUCAACCUAGUCGAAGGACUCACACAAACAAGGCUAUAAUAUGGGGGUUUAUAGUAGGACUAAUGUUAUUAAUUGGGUCUAUUACAUGCUUCGCUUUGGCAGUGAAGAAGCAGAGGAGGCAACAUCAUAUGGAGAGAGCAACAAUGGCUUCAGACUACUCAGCUACGGCGGACGCGGCAGCAGUGAUGAGAACGGAGGAGGAGAGGGAGGAGAAAGUGAAGAGUGCGCAGCAAGAAGGGAUGAUGAAGGUGGCAGCUGGGAAGAGUGGGAGCUUAUUAUUCUGUGCGGGUGAGACUGAGUUGUAUUCGCUAGACCAGCUGAUGAGGGCUUCUGCUGAGUUAUUGGGGAGAGGGACAAUUGGUACUACUUAUAAGGCUGUGCUUGACAACCGUUUGAUUGUUUGUGUAAAAAGGCUUGAUUCGAGUAAGAUUGGUGGUGCAGGAAGAGAGGUGUUCCAGCAGCACAUGGAAUCAGUUGGAGCACUUCGGCACCCGAAUUUGGUUCCAUUAAGGUGUUAUUUUGAGGCUAUGGAAGAGAGACUUUUGGUUUAUGAUUAUCAGCCUAAUGGAAGCUUGUUUUCUCUUAUACAUGGUUCCAAGUCAGCAAGGUCAAAGCCUCUACAUUGGACUUCAUGCUUGAAAAUAGCUGAGGAUAUAGCACAAGGCCUAUCUUAUAUUCAUCAAGCUUGGAGAUUAGUUCACGGCAACCUUAAAUCUUCUAAUGUCCUCCUUGGUUCUGACUUUGAGGCCUGUAUUACAGACUAUUCCUUAAGUGUUUUGACUGAAGCGUCAUUAACAGAUGAUGAUCCUAGCUUGUGGGCGUAUAAAGCACCAGAGAUCCGUAAGUCUGAUUCCGAAGCAACAUCUAAAUCAGAUGUAUAUGCUUUCGGAGUGUUGCUACUUGAGCUCUUGACAGGAAAACCACCUUCUGAGCAUCCAUAUUUGACUCCAAAUGACAUAGUACACUGGGUAAGAUCUGCAAGAGAUGUUGCAGAUGGUGGUAAUGACGAGAAUAGGCUUGUGAUGCUUCUUGAGGUAGCCAUAGCAUGUAGUGUUGCAUCCCCAGAGCAGAGGCCUAACAUGUGGCAAGUUUUGAAAAUGUUGCAGGAAAUCAAGGAGGUCGCACUCAUGGAAGAAGAUAAUGAAACGCACUCUGGUGAAGGGAUGUCCUAGGCUAUUGGGCUGAUGCGCCAUUGGUAUUGCAUUACAUAUAUAUAAAUUUUGUCUAGUUCUCAAAUUACGGAACGCAUUGCAUUUGACAGGGAACUUUCUGCUGUGCUUUUUUCUUCCUACUUGCUUCUUCUAUAUUCACCAAAAAAAAUCGAGUAUCUUUGGAAGUGGGGAUUGCGUAUCACAAUGGCGCUGCGAGGCUGCGAAAGACCUAUGAGAAUUUGGAUAAAGGAAAGCUACACGCUGAAACAGAGAAGCAUUAAGCAAAGCCCUUUGACAGUAACGGUGUCACUGUUGGAAGUUGGUUGUAGAAAGCUAAUUAACGAAUCAGAUUGCUCUGAGCUUAUUUUGAACUAAAGUGGUCGUUUGGUUAGACGUAGUAGCAUCACUUCUGGGAACUUGGUUAUGCCCAAUAUGUUUUAUUUCCAUUCAAUGUCGUAAUUUGGUUGUUUUUAUACACACAAUUCUACUGUAUUUUUUACUUUAGGGGAUUAGGUUACCAAUUUCAUGAUGACAAGUUUAAAUGUCUAAAGGGAAAUCUUCAUGUGCAUAUAUAAAAGCCCUGUUUGGUUAGGAGUUGUUAGAUAUUAGCUUAGUUGUAAGUUGUUUGUAUUAUCUGGUUUGAUUUUUGAGUAAAAAUGUUUGGUAAA